AUGAAUUGUACUAGGUAAUAGGAAGAAGCUCUAACUGACAUUUUUGCAUUAGUUAAAGAUGUGGAGAAACAAAUAUUGAGUGUCAUAUUAGAAAUAUUUCGAUAGGAGAAAGUUUAAAACUGUAUUGGAUAUCUUUCAGAUAAUCUAAAUCAAAAACAUUUAGAAUAAUAAAUCCUACAACAAGCAGAGGAUUUUAAACAAGUUGAUAUUGAAUAGAAAUUGUAUGAUGUUAAAAAUAACAUUAAAAAAAUUACUGAUGUCUUAAAAAAAAUAAAAGAUCAUGAUUUUAAUAACAAAGACUAUUCCACUAAAGAAUAUUUAGAAUUUAUGCAAGAUCUAAUUAAAAUUAUAAAGAAUCAUUGUCAAAUCAACGAAUUUUUGUAAUUUUUAGUUUUGCUCACUUUCGUAGAUAAAACUUUAAUAUAAUGUGGGUCUAAUUCUUUACAUUUACUAGUUUAGAUGAAGGUGGAUCUAAGAAACAAAAAUUUUGAAAAUAUUAAGAUCAAAAAUACCUCUUUAGUAGGAGCUAAUCUUUUUGGAUGCAAUUUAAGUGGAUCUGAAUUUUAUAAUGUUGAUAUAAGUGGAAUGAAUCUAAAUGGAGCAGUGUUAUUUAAUUGUAAAUGGAACAACAUAAGAAUCCAGGUAUUAAAUUAAUUAAAUGGUCAUACUUUAUCAGUCAAUUCAGUCUGUUUUUCUCCAGAUAGAACUACAUUAGCAUCUGGUAGUGCAGAUUUCUCUCUCCGCCUAUGGGAUAUAAAAAUAGGAUAAUAAAAAGCCAAAAUAAAUGUUCAUACUAAAUAUAUCAACUCAGUCUGUUAUUCUCCCGAUGGAAAUAUAUUGGCAUCUGGUGGUAGUGAUAAUUCUAUCCGAAUAUGGGAUGCUAAAACAAGAAAAAUGAGAGCCAAAUUGAAUGGUCAUAGUUAAUGUAUUAAAACCGUCUUUUUCUCUCCUGAUGGAAAUAUAUUAGCAUCUGGUAGUGACGAUACGUCUAUUCGGUUAUGGGAUAUUAAAACAGGAUAAUAAAAAACAAAAUUAGAUGGUUAUAGUGGAACUGUCUACUCAGUCAGUUUUUCUCCUGAUGGAAAUAUAUUAGCUUCUGGUAGUGAUGAUGAGUCUAUAUGUCUAUGGGAUAUUAAAGCUGAGUAAUAAAAAGCCAAAUUAAAUGGUCAUAGUGGACCUGUCUACUCAGUUUGUUUCUCUCCUGUUGGCAAUACUUUAGCAUCUAGUAGUAGAGAUAAGUCUAUUCGUCUAUGGGAUAUUUAAACAGGAUAAUAAAAAGCCAAAUUAGAUGGCCAUACUGACGCUAUCUACUCAGUCUGUUUCUCUCGUGAUGGAAAUACGUUAGCUUCUGGUAGUAAUGAUACGUCUAUAUGUCUUUGGGAUAUUAACACAGGAUAAUAAAAAGCAAAAUUUCAUGGUCAUACUAGUGCAAUUAUGUCAGUCUGUUUCUCUCCUGAUGAAGAUACAUUAGCAUCUAGUAGUAGAGAUAAGUCUAUUCGUUUAUGGGAUAUUUCAACAAGGUAAAAAAAAGCCUAUGGCCAUAGUGGACCUGUCUAUUCAGUCUGUUUCUCUCCUGUUGGCAAUACAUUAGCUUCUGGUAGUGAUGAUGAGUCUUUAUGUAUAUGGGAUAUUAAAACAGGAUAAUUAAAAGCCAAAUUAGAUGGUCAUAGUGGAACUGUUUAUUCCGUUUGUUUCUCUCCUGAUGGUAAUUCAUUAGCAUCUGGUAGUAAUGAUAAGUCUAUUCGUCUAUGGGAUAUUUAAACAGGAUAAUAAAAAGCCAAAUUAGAUGGUCAUAUCGGAACUGUCUACUCAGUCAGUUUCUCUCUUGAUGGAAAUACGUUAGCUUCUGGGAGUUAUGAUGAGUCUAUAUGUAUAUGGGAUAUUAAAAAAGGAUAAUAAAAAGCCAAAUUAAAUGGUCAUAGUGGACCUGUCUACUCAGUUUGUUUCUCUCCUGUUGGCAAUACUUUAGCAUCUAGUAGUAGAGAUAAGUCUAUUCGUCUAUGGGAUAUUUAAACAGGAUAAUAAAAAGCCAAAUUAGAUGGUCAUAUCGGAACUGUCUACUCAGUCAGUUUCUCUCUUGAUGGUAAUACAUUAGCUUCUGGUAGUUAUGAUAAGUCUAUUCGUUUAUGGGAGACUAAAACAGGAUUAUAAAUAGACAAAUUGGAUGGUCAUACAAAUUAUGUCUACUCAAUCUGUUUCUCUCCUGAUGGAAAUACAUUAGCUUCAGGCAGUAAAGAUAACUCUAUCCGUCUAUGGGAUAUUAAAACAGCAUAAUAAAAAGCCAAAUUUUAUGGUCAUACUGGAUAUGCCUACUCGGUCUGUUUCUCAUCUGACGGAACUAAAUUAGUAUCUGGUAGUAGUGAUACUUCUAUCCAUUUAUGGGAUAUAUAAAUAGAAAAAUAAAAAUACAAAUAGGAUUGUCAUAUUGAUUGCCUCAACUCAAUCUAUUUUUCUCUUGAUAGUAUAUCAUUAGCAUUUGGUUGUGACGAAAACUCUUUUCGUUCAUGGGAUAAUAAACAAGAAAAAGAAACCGAACUAAAAGUUCGACGAUAAAAAGAUAUUUUAGCACAAUUUAAGUCUUUUCUAUUUACCCAUGAGCCUCUGUCAUUUAAUAGUAUCUAUUUUCAAUUUAUUUAGUAUAACCUAUUAUUCCGGCACUUCUUAUAAACCAAUACUUAUGCUUUGAAGCAUAUUCCGCUUUAAUCUUCAAAGGAGAAUUCAUAAAUCAUUAAGGCAAAGAUUUAUGUUAUUUAUUAAAAAAUAGGGGAGCUUUUUUUUUAGAAAGCUUACUUUCAUAAAAUAUUAUUAAUAAGUGA